GUAUACAAACAAGAAAAUGAUCAAGUACAAGAGUGAAUUAGAAAAAGUUGCUGAGCAGCAGCGCCAUCUAGACCAGUGGUGUAACCAGCAGCCAAGUGCUGAAAGAGCAGAACCUGAAGAGUCUGUACUGGAGGACAGUGGAGUGAUAGAAGACAGAGAUGAUGGUAUAGAAGUAGACAAGCUUGGCCCAGAGAAAGAAGAAUUAGAGCCAUGGCUGGUGACUGAGAUGGACAAACUGCUAACUGAGGCCUGGCUGACAGGAGAAGAGGACAUCUUCACACAGAUCUUCCAUCUCAUUAUGAGUGAGGAUGUCACUGUGGACUACAUGCACUCUGAGACCAGUGCCACCCCACUGAUGAUAGCUGCGGCCAGGGGCUUCACUUCAGUUGUGGAACAACUCCUGAAUCUUGGGGCCAACAUUAAGAUCAAGGCCUCAAAUGGAUGGAAUGCUCUGAACUGGGCUGAAAAGUUUGAGAGGGCAGAUGUCAUUGAGAUUCUAAAAGCCUACAUGACAACAAGUGAGGAGGGUGAGGAGGGAGAUGAUGAGGAUCUUCUCAAGGAAACAGAGAUGACAGUAAGUGAGGAGGAUAAACAGCUGCUGAACCUCUAUCACCACAGCUUUGAUGAUGACAAGGUGGACACAGACCUCAUUCUUGCCCUGCUUCAUAAGAUACAAGACUCUCAGGAGGAAGGUGAGUUUUGCAUGGAGACUUUAGUCUGGUUGAUGGCAGUGAAAGCUGGGUCAUUAGUCAAAUUUGUAUAAGUUGUUUAUGACAGUGUGAGCAUAAUGUAUUGCAAUC